CUUGCGGGGCUCGGAUCAGGCCGGAGGACGCCAAGGACCUGAGUCCCAUGUGGGGGCUGGGAGCGCUGAGGGCGGUGCUGGGAGUACAGCUGGUGGUGACUCUGCUCACAGCCACCCUCAUGCACAGGCUGGCUGCUCAUUGCUCCUUCGCACGCUGGCUGCUCUGCAAUGGCAGUUUGUUCCGGUACAUGCACCCGACAGAGGAGGAGCUCCGGACUCUGGCAGGGAAGCAGAGACCCAAAGGCAAGAGGGAGCGAUGGGCAAAUGGCUUGGGUGAGGAGAAGCCAUUGUCUGUACCCCGGGAUGCCCCCUUACAGCUGGAGACCUGCCCCCUCACGGCGGUGGAUGCUCUAGUCCUGCGCUUCUUCCUGGAGUACCAGUGGUUUGUGGACUUUGCUGUGUACACCAGCGGCGUGUACCUCUUCACCGAGGCCUACUACUGCGUCGUGCACCCAGCCAGGGAGACCAACAUCGCUGUGUGCUGGUGCCUGCUGGCGGUCGCCUUCUCCAUCAAGGUCUUCCUGAUGGUGACACGGCUCUACUUCAGCGCGGAGGAGGGAGGGGAGCGCUCUGUCUGCCUCACCUUCGCCUUCUUCUCCCUGCUCCUGGCUAUGUUGGUGCAGGUGGUGCGGGAGGAGACACUGGAGCUGGGCCUGGAGCCAGGCCUGGCUAGCAUGACCCGGAACCUGGAGCCCCUUCAAAAGAAGCAGGGCUGGGACUGGGCGAUCCCUCUGGUCAAGCUGACCAUCCGCGUGGGGCUGGCGGCCGUGGGUGCUGCGCUUGGUGCCUUCCUGACCUUCCCAGGCCUGCGGCUGGCCCAGACCCACCGAGACGCACUGAAGAUGGCUGAGGACCGGCCAGGGCUGCAGCUCCUCCUACACGCCAACUUCCUGUCACCCCUGUUCGUCCUGUGGCUUUGGACCAGGCCCAUCGCCCGGGACUUCCUGCGGCAGGCGCCUCUUGGGGGUUCAUCUGUCUCCUUGCUCUCUGACUCUGCCUUCGACUCUGCCCGCCUCUGGGCGCUGCUGGCGCUGUGCCUGCUGCGGCUGCUGGUGACGCGGCCUCACCUGCAGGCCUACCUGAGCCUGGCCAGGGUGCGCGUGGAGCAGCUGCGGCGGGAAGCUGGCCGCAUCGAGGCCCGGGAGAUCCAGCGGAGGGUGGUCCGGGUGUACUGCUACGUGACUGUGGUCAGCCUGCAGUACCUGACGCCCCUCAUCCUGACCCUCAACUGCACACUACUGCUCAAGUCGCUGGGUGGCUACUCCUGGGGCCUGGGCCUGGCUCCCCCGCUCCCUACUCCUCCGUCCUUAGCCGAUGCUGCCCCUGCUGGCCCGGAGCGGGACUCAGCCCAGGAGACGGCAGCCCAGAUCGCAGGGGCACUGGGCAGCCUGCUCACACCCCUCUUCUGCCGCGGCAUCCUCUCCUUCCUCAUCUGGUGGACGGCCGCCUGCCAGCUACUCUCCAGCCUCUUCGGCCUCUAUUUCCACCAGCACCUGGGGGGCUCCUAGCCACCUGUGUGAGCCUCAGCCUCCCACCACGGACCCUACACCACAGUGCCUGACCUCAGAGCCCUGUCCCAGCCCGGGGCCUCUGUGCUCUGAGGGGGCGUCGGGGCAGGAGGGCAGCAUGGGAGCCACGCUCUGGACAAAUAAAGGAGCAGGCUGCUCCCUGA